CGGAAGAAGCCCCAUUGUUUCUUCAAUUUUACGUGAGUCUGAAUUGCUUGCCCAAAACCCAACUCUUCAUAACAUAACUAACCAUCCCGUCCGUUGGAUUGCGUAAAGCUGUAAUUCGCUGCUUGAAUCCUUCCCAAAAGAACCGGUUUUAUUUCUCGCGCGAUUCUCCCUGCUCAUCAAAUAGCACUGCAUUUUUCAGCUCCCUGUUCCAGCUCUCUCAAUCUAAGCGACGUCGUGCCCUCUCCCCUGCUUCUUCAUGGGGGCUCCAUUCCUCGAUCUCUAAGGAAGCACCCCAAAACCCUUUCAGAUCCCAAUCGACUUUAAUCUCAGAUGGCUUCCUGGCUUAAGGCCGCUGAAGAUUUAUUUGAAGUUGUAGAUCGAAGGGCCAAGCUAGUUGUCAGCGAAUAUGCAGAUGAGCAAUCAGAUUCUAAGUCUCCAGCUUCUAGUGGGCAAGGAUCUCAAGGCAAGAGGACAAAAUCAAAAUCUAAGGCUCAAAAGGGACAAGCUGUUCCAUCUCCUGUAAUUAGUGACACCACAAAGGAGCAAGGUGGCGUAUCAGAAGACUCAGUAGAUGUAACUUCUCCAAGUAAUAAGUUUGAUUCCACAAAGGUUCAAAAGGGACCAUCGAUCUUGUCUCCUGUUAUUAAUGAUAUUACAAAAGAGCAAGUUGGCACACCUGCAGAACCAGUAGAUGUUGCUACUGUGAGUGAAAAAGUUGAUCUUAAUCUUGUAGCUGAGAAUGACGGGAGUGCUUCUAUGUCUACAAGCCAAGCUAAAAAGGAGCAGCCAGCAACUGACAAAAUGCCACCCUUGUCAGGCACUCCAUCAACAGAAGUGAUAACUAAUGAUGUGAAUAAGCAUGAAAUGGACAAUGUGGAGGUCUUAGUAGAUGAUAAUAAUGCUGGACCUUCCACUCUUUCUGAAACUAUUUCUACAGACGUCCAGCUUCCCAAAGAGAAUGCUUCAGAUAUCCAUGAUGGGCAUUCCUCUCCAUCUAACAAAGGGAUUGAAAGCCCCAGUGAAAAUCAAUCAACUGAUACUGGCCUAAUUAUGGACCCUGGAAAUAUGGAUGCUGAUUUAAAAAAGGGUCAAGAGAGAUCUGAAUCUCUGACCUCUGACACUGCUUCUAAUGGUGAUGUUCUUUGUAAAGAUACUGAUUUAAUAGUUCAAUCUAUUGACAAUGGAAAGAGCCAAGAGGAUCAUAAAACUGAAACCGAUAACUCAAAGAAAGUACAAGAUCAACUUGAUGAGGCUCAAGGACUGCUUAAAACAGCAAAAUCUACUGGUCAAUCUAAAGAGGCAAGGUUAGCUCGGGUCUGUGCUGGAUUAUCAUCCCGACUUCAAGAAUACAAAGCUGAAAAUGCACAGCUGGAGGAACUUCUUAGUGCAGAGAGAGAGUUGAGUAAAUCUUAUGAAGGUCGAAUGAAAGAGCUACAGAAAGAUUUGUCUGAAUGUAAAAGGGAAGUAUCCAGAGUAGAGUCAAAUAUGUCUGAUGCCUUGGCGGCAAAGAAUGCUGAAAUUGAUACUCUUGUCAGUUCUAUGGAUGCUGUUAAAAGACAGGCCGCAUUAUCCGAGGGAAAUCUUGCUUCUCUUCAGGCAAGCAUGGAGUCUAUGAUCAGAAGUCGAGAACUGACAGAGACAAGAAUGAUGCAAGCUUUAAGAGAGGAGCUAGCAUCUGCUGAACGAAGAGCAGAAGAGGAGCGUGCAGCUCAUAAUGCUACCAAAAUGUCUGCCAUGGAGAGAGAAGUGGAAUUGGAGCACAGAGCUGUUGAGGCAUCUACAGCCCUUGCAAGGAUACAGAGAAUAGCAGAUGAGAGAACAGCAAAGGCCACAGAACUGGAGCAGAAGGUGGCACUUCUUGAGGUUGAGUGUGCAUCUUUAAAUCAAGAACUGCAAGAUAUGGAAACACGUGCUCGCCGUGAGCAAAAGAAGUCACCAGAAGAAACAAAUCAAGUAAUUCAGAUUCAGGCAUGGCAAGAAGAAGUGGAGCGUGCACGCCAGGGUCAGAGAGAUGCUGAAAACAAGCUUUCUUCUUUGGAGGCUGAGUUGCAAAAAAUGAGAGUUGAAAUGGCUGCCAUGAAGAGGGAUGCUGAGCAUUACUCUCGUCAGGAGCAUAUGGAACUUGAGAAACGCUAUCGUGAGCUAACUGAUCUUUUGUACUAUAAGCAAACACAGUUAGAAACCAUGGCCAGUGAAAAAGCUGCCACAGAGUUUCAAUUAGAGAAGGAAAUAAAGAGGAUUCAAGAAGCACAGGUAGAGGCUGAA